AUGAUCUCGCAGAAGCUGUCGUACGGCGACGUGCCGACGUCCGCGUCGCUGUCCACGCUGUCGCCGGGUCUCGCGCCUCCAUAUGUCAACGGGAUGGGCUGCAUGCCAGCGCAACCGUAUCCGAACCUGUACUCCAACAACAUGGUGGCGAGUGGAUCCUGCAUGGGCUCGCCUGGCGUUGGCUAUUCGCCGCCCAGCACCAUGGCCUCUUGCAUGGGCGGUGGAGGAGCCGUACCCUACGGAGCGCUUCCCCGGGAACAAGAAGCCGCUUCACCUACGUCGGCGCUUCAACGGGCGCGCAACGACAAGACUUAUCGCCGCUCCUAUACGCACGCGAAACCGCCGUAUUCCUACAUAUCGCUCAUUACAAUGGCGAUACAGAAUAAUCCGUCGCGAAUGCUGACUCUCUCUGAAAUCUAUCAGUUCAUCAUGGACUUGUUUCCCUUCUACCGCCAGAACCAGCAGCGUUGGCAGAAUUCCAUACGGCAUUCGUUAUCGUUUAACGACUGUUUUGUAAAAGUGCCGCGGACACCAGACAAACCGGGAAAAGGUUCUUUUUGGACGCUCCACCCCGACAGCGGGAAUAUGUUUGAAAACGGCUGCUUUUUGCGGCGACAAAAACGUUUUAAGGACGAGAAAAAGGAAUCUAUAAGACAAGCGCAGAAGACGACGCACCCACACGGCCAUCAUGGCGGACACGAGAAACGUGAACAUUCACAUGAGAAAGGCGUGGGUGGCGGUGAAGAUAAAGAAAUGCGUGAUGAGCUGCUGGCACAGUUACACGCAGCGCCAGAGCUGUGUCUUCCGGAACACACGCCACUAUCACUGGAACACUAUGCGCAGCUUAAACAGGAGCCAACGGGCUACGCACCCGCGCCUCACCCGUUCAGUAUCACGCGGCUUCUGCCUGGCGCGGAUACAAAGUCCGACCUUAAGAUGUACGACGUAAACUAUGGCUACGGGCACGCGCCAGCUGACAACUACUACCAGUCACCGCUGUACCACCAUCAUGCCCACCACACGCAGCCGCCCUUGUGA